AUGGACGUCGUCGCAGCCGUGUCCGGGUACCUGUCCCGGAUGGUGACAGUCGGCGACUCGACCACAGUCGGCACGUCAUCGGCCAAAAUGAAGAUCCUCCUUCUUGAUAGUGAGACAGUUCCGAUCGUUUCCACGGCCAUCACCCAGUCAGCACUCCUCAAUCAUGAAGUCUACCUCGUCGACCGAUUGGAUAACCAGGCGCGAGAGAAAAUGCGGCAUUUACGGUGUAUAUGCUUCGUACGACCGUCGCCGGAUUCAAUACAAUUGCUGAUCGACGAACUGCGAAACCCCAAGUACGGUGAUUACCACCUUUUCUUCACGAAUAUUAUUCGUAAAUCGUCGCUCGAGAGACUUGCAGAAGCGGACGACCAUGAAGUCGUCCGUGUGGUCCAGGAGCAAUUCGCUGACUUCAUCGUGGUCAAUCCUGAUUUGUGCUCGCUCAAUCUUGGAUAUCCUCUACAUAGAAUAUGGAGCAACAGCCCCGACGUGUGGAAUAGCGACGCGCUGCAAAGGACGACCGAAGGCGUGAUUGCUAUGUUGCUCGCGUUGAAGAAAAACCCCUUGAUCAGAUACGAGAAAAACAGUCUGCUAGCCAAGAAGCUGGCAACCGAAGUCCGGUAUCAGCUUACUCAAGAAGAGCAGCUAUUUAAUUUUCGAAAAAGCGACACUCCUCCAAUCCUUUUAAUCCUCGACCGCCGAGAUGAUCCCAUCACACCUCUUCUCACACAGUGGACUUAUCAAGCUAUGGUACAUGAAUUGAUUGGUAUUCAGAAUGGACGGGUUGAUUUGCGCGAUGUGCCUGAUAUUCGACCGGAACUCCAGGAAAUAGUGCUGUCUCAGGACCAAGAUCCCUUCUACAAGAAGAACAUGUACCAGAACUUUGGCGACUUGGGUGGAAAUAUCAAGGAAUAUGUCGAGCAAUAUCAAGCUAAGACCCAAAGUAAUAUGAGCAUCGAGUCAAUCGCAGAUAUGAAGCGAUUCGUCGAGGAUUAUCCGGAGUUCCGGAAAUUGUCAGGCAAUGUCAGCAAGCAUGUGACGCUAGUUGGUGAACUCAGUCGUCGUGUUGGUGAGGAUAAUCUAUUGGACGUUAGUGAAUUGGAACAGAGCCUGGCAUGUAACGACAAUCACGCCAGUGAUUUACGCUCUAUACAAAAAUUAAUUCAACUUCCUUCAGUUCCGGCCGAGAAUAAAAUCCGCUUGGUUGCCCUAUAUGCUAUACGCUACGAAAAGCAACCGAACAAUUCAUUACCAGUAUUGCUUGAUCUACUCUCGGCUGCCGGUAACGUGCCACAACAUCGCGUAAAUAUCAUUUCCAAGCUUCUUGCAUACCAUCAUUCUCUGCAAGCUCCUCCCGUUGCCGGUGGCUUCUCCGAUCUUUUUGAAUCAGCCUCUUUGUUUUCCGGUGCUCGUGACCGAUUUAGAGGAUUGAAAGGAGUCGAGAAUGUCUAUACCCAGCAUUCGCCUCGACUGGAGGUAACCCUGCAAAAUCUCAUAAAGGGCAAGCUACGAGAAUUGCAAUAUCCCUUUUUGGAAGGUGGUGGACAUACAAGGGAUAAGCCGCAAGACAUUAUUGUCUUUAUGAUUGGCGGAGCGACGUAUGAAGAAGCCAAGUUGAUUGCGCAAGUCAAUGCCAGCUCUCCAGGAAUCAGGGUGGUAUUAGGCGCAACUACCAUUCACAAUAGCACCACAUUUUUCGAGGAAGUCGACGAUGCAGUUAGCAAUUGGCCCCAGCCAGCUCCUGGUACAGCAGCUGGGCGAUUAAGAAGGGAAGUCGGGCGCUGA